AAUGGAUAAAGUACACUUAAGUUUAGAUUCGACUGAUUUGAAUAAAUUGUACAGACGUUCUAUAAUUAAUCAUGAAUUGAUGAUAUGUCAUGGAAAUGAUGUUAGCAGGUUAAAUAGAAGAGGACCUCGUCUGGAAGUGCUUCCCGGAACUUUAUAUAAUAGAACGAAACCACAAUCGUACCAACUUCGUCGACCUCAUACCUCCUAUGCAGAUUUUGUUUGUGGUAUAUUCAACGCAAAAACAGAUGAAUAUAGACCUCAUACUACCGGUGGUGAAAUGGAAAGUAAAUUCCUUCAAGCCCUCCAAGAGCCACCCGACUCGGAUAAAUAUAUCAUACAACCAACCUCCUUAAAAAAACCUGCAAUACCAAGAGUUACAUUUGCGUCGCAUUCGAAGAGUGACGACGACGAUGACAGUGUCGAUUACGAUGGAGCAUCAAUCAGCGAAUAUGCUAGUAUGACGUCUAGCUCUGCUAGCGUUCCCAAUCAGGGACAACAAACGUCUAAUUUAAUGAGAAAGCCUAGACUUGCGUUAACUUCAACAGUCCGAAAAAAGAAGCAUAAAUCUAGAUCAAAAAGGGGAAGAGCUCUCUCCGUCAAUAGUAAACAAGCGGCCAAUAUCAUGAGAGUAAUCAAAGGCGAUUUGAACGACGUACCCAACGAUGUAUCAACCACCGUUAGAUUAUUUAUUGCAGCUACCGGUUCCGAUAUGGGAGCUGAAAGAUCUAUUUUAACCGAUUCGAUUUAUCCUGAAUUAUUAGAGUACUGCAAUGAACAGCAAUUACAUUUAGAGUUAAUUGAUAUAAGAAGUAAUUUGACUGAAGAAUCAACAAUCAAAUUAAUAACUAGUGAUUUAUUGUUAAAUGAAAUUGAAAAGUGUAAAAGACAAUCGGCUGGCCCUUAUUUUGUUGCUUUGAUUGGGGAUCGCUAUGGUAACCCUCCGGUUAGGUCUUCCGUUGAGAAAUCUCAUAUGGAAGCCCUACUAUCCCUUGAGGAAUUGGGUGAUGAUGUUUCUAUCUUAAAGGAAAGCUACGAUCUGAAUGAGAAUGUUAUACCUCCUCGUUAUGAAUUAAAAGAGAAUGUCGAUAAGGAUUUAAGUAGAAUUAAAACUUUAACAGACAAACUACGCCAUCUAGUAGAGAUGGCUUUGAAAAAGAAAAAAUUGACUACGGAAGAGUUUAACUCCUUAAAUCAAUCAGUAUUAGAAAUGGCAGUAUCGCAAGUUGUUUAUGAUGAACCAUCGGCCAAAGAUAGAUCUCUCUGCUAUAUUAGGCAAAUAACGGAUUUAAAGGAAAGUUUAAUAGGCUCCCGGAAAGCUUUUAAAUAUACGGAUGUAACAAUGGUAAAUGGUUCCUUAUCGUCAGAUAAGAGAGUUGAGGCGAAAAGAAACGAUAUGGUUGAGAAAAUUGCAGAGUCAAUGAAAGAUGUUGAUAAUUUUAGACAAUACGAAAUAGUAUGGAAAGAAGAUGAAAUUUUUCAAAGUCAAAACGAAGAGAUUGUCAAUUAUAGGCAAAGAUUCAAAGAUGAUUUUCUUAAGGAUAUGAAGAAUCUUAUUCAAAAACCAACUGAUCAAAAAUCAAUAACGACCCAUAAACAUUUUAAAAUUUAUAACGAAGCCCUUCAACAUUGCAGACUGGCUGGUAGCUAUUCAAGAGGCUUCGGAGGAAGGGAUCAACUUAUGGAAGAUAUUGAAAACUAUUUAAAUAAUCAGGAAUUAUAUAAAUACCCAUUAAUCAUUGACGGUGGUAAACUCUCAGGAAAAUCUUCCGUACUAGCCGAGUCUGCCAAAAGAGCUGGAGAUAAUAGUAGUGGAGUUGUUAUAGUUAGAUUCAUCAACUAUACAUUAGAAAGCAGCUCUCUAAAAUCUCUGCUAAUCAGUAUUAUUAAUCAAAUAUGCGUUGCUUACAAUCUGCAAAGUUCCGAAGAGUUCCAGACAAUUAAUUCAAUAAGAUAUCAGUUUAACUCCCUUUUAUCACAAAUCAGUAAGUGGAAUUCUCAAGAAUGCCCACUAUUUAUAUUUAUCGAUUCUCCUGAUCUUAUAAGUGAAUCUAUUAAAUGGAUUCCGUUGAUACUUCCAGACAGGAUUCGACUUAUUAUAGCUUGUACUUCAAAUAAUUUUAAAAAGAAACUUAUUCAAACUUUACCUCCAAGUUCCUUUGUUACCGUUCCUUUGAAUUUAUCGGAAGAUGAUAUUUCAUCAAUGGUUGAUAAUUCCCUAAGAGAUUUUGAUAAGAAAUUAACAGAAGAUCAAAAGAGUAAAUUAAUUAAAGGUUGCAUUGAAAAUGAAGGUCCUUUCUACGUUAAACUACAAAUAAUGGAUUCUUUUAGAUGGAUAUCUACGGCUAAUCAAUCAACUGGUCUUUUAUUUAAAACGAUUAAAGACGCCACAGUAAAAUUGUAUUCAAAUUUUGAAAGGCAAUACGGCAGAUCGUUAACUAAUAGAGUAUUUCAAUUUCUAAUCGCCUCCUCGAAUAUCGGAUUAAGUAUUACUGAAUUACAAGAUGGAUUAACAAGAUCCGAUUCCGUACUAGAGGAGAUCUAUGGAGGUGUUCCAAUAACUCAUGCAGAUGGAACAAUUCAAUUUCCAUUAAUCUAUCUUAUAAGACUUCUCAAUGAACUCGACGAUAUUGUUUUACAAAGGGUAAAUAGAUGCAAAACUGCAAUUUACAUUUUCACUCAUCAAAUAUUCAUCGAUAUUGGAAAAAACCGUUACCUACCGACUGAUUCUCAACUGCAAAAUACCGCAACAGUAUUAUACGAAAAUUUAGUCAAUGAUAGUACUACUAUCAUUCAAUCCCUAAAAUAUUCCUCUAUUAACAUCGAGAAGGCUAAGCGUAGAGUUUCGCCUCAAGUUCGUAACGUUAGGUAUUUGAUUGCUUUGCCAACUUUCAUCUCCUCCUCUGGUAGAGGAAUACAAGAGUUGAAAAAGCAUUGCCUAUAUAAUCUUAGCUGGUUAGAAGAGAGUUUGAAAGAAUUUGGCUAUGAUAUCGUUCUUAAUAUGAUAAAUAAAAUGGAUAUUUAUUCGGACGAGGAGAUAGGUCUAUUAGAACGUUUUCUUGAGAUAGCGCAUACAGCUUUAAAGAAGAAUUCUACUGAUAUUCGCCCACAGCUUAUUGGACUGUUCAAAGAUAGUAGAAUAUUGGAGUUUUAUCCGAACCUAAAGAAGAUUAUUAAUGAAACGUUGAACGAGUAUGAUUCUACUCCCAAAGCCAGUGUUGUACCCACAACAACAUGUUUCCAUCCUCCAGCAUCUCCUUUACACUCGUACUUAUAUACCGUUACGGAUAUUCUUGGGAAACACGACCAACACCUUACUGUCGUCUACAAAGAUAAUUCGGUUGGAACAUAUGACUUACGCGAAAAUGAAAGUGUAGAUCCAUUGAAUGUUCGCUUCGAUAAAACAUCUAGAAAUGUCUUUACAAGCUUCAAUAGAAGUUUCGUUAUGACGUCUAAUCGUCGGUUAAAACUAUUCGACGCCGAAACGUUAAAACUUAUCCACGAUGUUAAUGGUGAAGAUUUACUAAGUGAGAGUAUCACCAGCGUCGAUAUUAUGGGAUUUAGCGACGAUUUUGAAUUGGUUAUUUUGCACGGCUCAGAUGAUGAUUUCAAUCAAUCUAUACAUUUAAUUGAAUUGGAGAAAGGAACAAUUUGUGCAAAAUUCUCUCAGUACGACGUUAAAGAUGAAUUCUACAUGGAUAGCGCGUGUAUCAUGAACGAUAAGAACAUCGUAGUCUGGCUUGUAGGAAGGACAACGGAAAUUGAGGAAGGCGUUAACGUUGAUAUUAAAACCCUUUUUAUCUAUGAUAUCCAAUCGAAGAAAUAUAUAAAUAAGCUGCAAUUGGGCCAUCGCAGAUUGGAAAUACUUACAAAAUACGAUGAAAACUUAUGUAUUAUUGUUUGGAAGGAUGAUAGUAUAACUGUAGUAGAUGCUAAAAAUGGUACUAAAGUCAAUGAAGUUACCCUAACUGAAAAGAAUGAAGUACGCGAAAGUUGCCUAAUCAAACCAGCUAUCCGCACACUCAGUUCAAACGACACUAAUGGAUUCGUAACCGAAUGGAUAGUUAACAAGCAAACUACUCAAUCAAUACUUAAAUUCAAUUGCUCUAAAGAAGAAACACCCAAAUAUUUCAAGCAGUUCCAUCAUUUUAUCAUUGUUGCAUUCGAGGAAACUUCUAAGAUGAUUCUAUUUGAUCUCACUAAAGAUGGAAAUCAAGUUUUUUCAAUAUACGCCCACUCAAAGCCAUUAAAGAAUGUUUUCAAUGGCGAAAAUGGAAUUAUAUUUACUUGUUGUCAAAAUGAAGGCGUUACUAUAAAAUGGGAUUUUUCUGGUUAUAUUUAUGAAAAGGCCUAUAUUCAACAAAGAGAUGAAGCGAAGCGCUGUGAAGAAGAAACCGUUGAGAAUGUUCACACUUUGGGCGUCAGUAACGUUAUCUUAUCUUCGGAUAGUCGUUUCUGUGUUGCUGGACAUUAUUCAGCACCACCUAGUUUAUGGUCUUGCGAAGAAGGUUUGUUUUAG